AUGGAAGAAGUAGUGGUCAUUGUUGGAGCUGGUCCUGCAGGCCUAGCAACUUCUGCAUGUCUCAACCGUCUCAAUAUCCCCAACGUAGUCCUUGAAAGAGAGGAUUGUUAUGCCUCUCUAUGGAGAAAAAGAACCUACGAUCGCUUGAAAUUACACCUCGCAAAACAAUUUUGCGAGCUUCCCCACCUGCUUUAUCCCUCUGAUACGCCUACUUUCAUCCCCAAGAAUGGCUUCAUUAGCUACUUGGAUAAAUAUGUCUCUUAUUUUGGCAUAAACAUUCGAUACCAUCGUUCUGUGGAGUCUGCUUUCUUUGACGAGGGUGCAAAGAAAUGGUGUGUUGUUGUAGAGAAUAAGGCUUUGAAUGUAACUGAGGCUUAUGGUGCGAAGUUUUUAGUUGUUGCGAGUGGUGAAAAUAGUGAAGGUUUGAUACCAGAUGAUGUGCCUGGACUCGAUAGCUUUGAAGGGAAUUGCUUGCACUCAAGCGAGUAUGAGAAUGGAGAGGAGUUCAGAGGCAAAGAUGUUUUGGUUGUUGGAUGUGGAAAUUCUGGCAUGGAGAUUGCUUAUGAUUUGUAUGACCAUGGUGCUAAUACUGCCAUUGUUGCCCGUAGCCCAGUACAUGUGGUUACCAAGGAAAUUGUGUUCUUAGCCAUGAGAAUGUUGGAGUUUCUUCCUUGCAGCGCAGUGGAUACCAUUGUUUUGAUGCUCUGCAAGUUUAAGUUUGGGGAUAUCUCCAAAUAUGGCCUCCAGAGGCCGAAGGAAGGCCCAUUUUAUCUGAAAGAAGCAACUGGUCGAUCUCCCACCAUUGACGUCGGAACCAUAGGGAAGAUUACAUCAGGGGAAAUCCAGGUUUUUCCAUCCAUGACAAGUAUAAAUGGGAAAGAAAUCACGUUUGAAAAUGGCAAGAUUAAUUCGUACGAUGCUAUUAUUCUUGCUACUGGCUUCAAAAGUACUGUCCGAAACUGGCUCAAGGGUGGGAAUGAGCUUUUUAAUGAUGAAGGAAUGCCUAAGCGAAGUUUUCCAAAUCAUUGGAAAGGGGAAAAUGGGCUUUACUGUGCUGGAUUUUCAAGAAGGGGAUUGAUGGGCAUUUCAAGUGAUGCUAAAAAUAUAGCCAGGGAUAUCAGUUUUGUAAUGGAGAGUCAAACUCCUAACUAA